AUGACGUUCAUCCGAGUUACCAUUACCAAAACGUUUAUUUAUUUAUUCCUUCACUUCAUUCAUGUGUUUUUCUUCUUUUAUGACACUGAAGUUUUUUUUCUUUCUUUCUUUCUUUCUUUCUUUCUUUCUUUCUUUCUUUCUUCUUCUUCUUCUUCUUCUUCUUCUUCUUCUUCUUCUCUCGUCUUACUUCUCAACUUUCUUCUUCGUCCUCUUCUUCUUCGUAUUCAUUCUUUUCUUUCUUCUCGUCUUCUCUUCCUCAUCUUUUCUUCUUUUUUAUUCCUCUUCUUUGUCUUCUUCUCUUCGUCUUCUUUUAUUUCACUUAAGUUCUUCUUUCUUUUUCUUCUUCCUUUUCGUCAUCUUCUUUUAUUUCUUUCUUCUUCUUCCUCUUUCUUUCUUUCUUUCUUUCUUUCUUUCUUUCUUUCUUUCUUCUCUCCUUUUCUACCCCCUCCUCUUUUCUCUGACCACCCCUUCCUUUUCUGCACCCUCCUCAUAAUGCCUCUUUUUAGUCUUCAAUCCCCUCCUCCUUUUUUUUCCGUCCCUUCCUCAUUUCUUUUUAAUAUUCAUCUUUCUCUCUUUCUUUUUCUUAAAACUCCUCCAACCAUUCCUUUUACCCUAUCCUUCUCGUACUGCUUCUCUUUAGUUUUUAACACUUCUUUUUCUCUUUCUCUUCGUUUUUUCUCCAUACAUUUGGAAUACGAUGACGAGAAGACAUCCAUCUCUUCAUCGUACUCCACAUGUAUUGUCCAGUACAACAUCGUUUUAAACUCUCUCCUCCACUCUCUUGAUCUCCUAUAUUCAGCGUUCUUCUUUUUUUUUCUCCUCCUCCUCCUCAUUUUAUUUAGUAUUCAGCGUUCUUCUUUUUUUUUCUUCUCCUCAUCCUCCUCAUUUUAUUUAGUAUUCAGCGUUCUUCUAUUUUUUCUUCUCCUCCUCCUCAUUUUAUUUACGUUCUUCUUCUCCUCCUCCUCCUCAUUUUAUUUAGUAUUCAGCGUUCUUUUUUUUUUCUUCUCCUCCUCCUCAUUUUAUUUAGUAUUCAGCGUUCUUUUUUUUCUUCUCCUCCUCCUCAUUUUAUUUAGUAUUCAGCAGCCUUUUUUCUUCUUUCCUUUUUAUUUAGUAUUCAGCGUUCUUCCUUUUCUUCUCCUCCUCCUCAUUUUAUUUAGUAUUCAGCGUUCUUCUUUUUUUCUCCUCCUCCUCCCCUACUUUUUAUUUUUUCAGCGUUCUUUUUUUCUUCUUCUCCUCCUCUUCCAGAUUUUAUUUAGUAUUCAGCGUUCUUUUUUUCUUCUCCUCCUUUUUAUUUAUAUUCAGCGUUCUUUUUUUCUUCUCCUCCUCCCCCUACUCAUUUUAUUUAGUAUUCAGCUUCUUUUUUUUCUUCUCCUCCUCCGCCACAUUUUAUUUAGUAUUCAGCCUUUUUUUUUCUUCUCCUCCUCCUCUUCAUUUUAUUUAUAUUCAGCGUUCUUCUUUUUUUUUCUUCUUCUCCUCCUCCUCCUCCUCCUCAUUUUAUUUAGUAUUCAGCGUUCUUCUUUUUUUUUCUUCUCCUCCUCAUUUAAUUUAGUAUUCAGCGUUCUUCUUUUUUUUCUUUCUCCUCCUCCGCCACAUUUUAUUUAUUAUUCAGCCUUCUUUUCUUUCUUCUCCUCCUCCUCCUCAUUUUAUUUAUUAUUCAGCGUUCUUCUUUUUUUUCUCCUCCUCCUCCUCAUUUUAUUUAGUAUUCAGCCUUCUUUUUUUUUCUUCUCCUCCUCCUCCUCAUUUUAUUUAGUAUUCAGCUUCUCCUUUUUUUUUCUUCUUCUCCUCCUCCUCCUCAUCCUCCUCAUUUUAUUUAGUAUGCAGCGUUCUUCUUUUUUUUUCUUCUCCUCCUCUUCCACAUUUUAUUUAGUAUUCAGCGUUCUUCUUUUUUUUUUUCUCCUCCUCCUCCAGAUUUUAUUUAGUAUUCAGCGUUCUUCUUUUUUUUCUUCUCCUCCUCCUCCACAUUUUAUUUAUAUUCAGCGUUCUUCUUUUUUUCUCCUCCUCCUCCACAUUUUAUUUAGCAUUCAGCCUUUUUUUUUUUUUCUUUGUCCUCCUCCUCAUUUUAUUUACCUUCUUUUUUUUCUUCUCCUCCUCCUCAUUUUAUUUAGUAUUCAGCGUUCUUCUUUUUUUCUUUCUCCUCCUCCUCCCCUACUCAUUUUAUUUAGUUAUUCAGCCUUCUUUUUUUUCUUCUCCUCCUCCUCCUCAUUUUAUUUAGUAUUCAGCGUUCUUCUUUUUUUUCUUCUUCUCCUCCUCCUCCUCCUCCUCAUUUUAUUUAGUAGUCAGCGUUUUUCUUUUUUUUUCUUCUCCUCCUCAUUUUAUUUAUAUUCAGCGUUCUUCUUUUUUUUCUUCUUCUCCUCCUCCUCCUCCUCCUCAUUUUAUUUAGUAGUCAGCGUUUUUCUUUUUUUCUCCUCCUCCUCCACAUUUUAUUUAGUAUUCAGCCUUCUUUUUUUUCUUCUCCUCCUCCACAUUUUAUUUAGUAUUCAGCCUUCUUUUUUUUUUCUCCUCCUCCUCAUUUUAUUUAGUAUUCAGCGUUCUUCUUUUUUUUUAUGUUCAGCGUUCUUCAUUUUUUUUCUUCUCCUCCUCCGCCACAUUUUAUUUAGUAUUCAGCCUUCUUUUUUUUUUCUUCUCCUCCUCCUCCUCAUUUUAUUUAGUAUUCAGCGUUCUUCUUUUUUUCUCCUCCUCAUUUUUUAUUUAGUAUUCAGCCUUCUUUUUUUCUUCUCCUCCUCCUCCUCAUUUUAUUUAGUAUUCAGCGUUCUUCUUUUUUUCUUCUUCUCCUCCUCCUCCUCCUCCUCAUUUUAUUUAGUAUAUUCAGCCUUCUUUUUUUUUCUUCUCCUCCUCCUCCUCAUUUUAUUUAGUAUUCAGCGUUCUUCUUUUUUUUUCUUCUCCUCCUCAUUUUAUUUAGUAUUCAGCCUUUUUUUUCUUCUCCUCCUCCUCAUUUUAUUUAGUAUUCAGUGUUUUUCUUUUUUUUUCUUCUCCUCCUCCUCAUUUUAUUUAGUAUUCAGUGCUUUUCUUUUUUUUCUUCUCCUCCUCCUCCUCCUCCUCCUCCUCCUCCACAUUUUAUUUAGUAUUCAGCCUUCUUUUUUUUCUUCUCAUCCUCCUCAUUUUUUUAAGUUCUGCGUUCUUCUUUUUUUCUUCUCCUCCUCUUCCAGAUUUAAUUUAGUAUUCAGUGUUCUUCUUUUUUUCUUCUCCUCCUCCACAUUUUAUUUAGUAUUCAGCCUUCUUUUUUUUCUUCUCCUCCUCCACAUUUUAUUUACGUUGUUCUUUUUUUCUUUCUCCUCCUCCUCCCCCUACUCAUUUUAUUUAGUAUUCAGCGUUCUUCUUUUUUUUCUUCUCCUCCUCCUCAUUUUAUUUAGGAUUCAGCCUUCUUUUUUUUCUUCUCCUCCUCCACAUUUUAUUUACCGUAAUUUUUUCUUCUCCUCCCCCACAUUUUAUUUAGUAUUCAGCCUUCUUUUUUUUCUUCUCCUCCUCCUCAUUUUAUUUAGUAUUCAGCGUUCUUAUUUUUUUUCUUUCUCCUCCUCCUCCCCCUACUCAUUUAAUUUAGUGUUCAGCGUUCUUCUUUUUCUUCUUCUCCUCCUCUUCCAGAUUUUAUUUAGUAUUCAGCGUUCUUCUUUAUUUUUUCUCCUCCUCCUCAUUUUAUUUACCUUCUUUUUUUUCUUCUCCUCCUCCUCAUUUUAUUUAGUAUUCAGCGUUCUCCUUUUUUUUCUUUCUCCUCCUCCUCCCCUACUCAUUUUAUUUAGUAUUCAGCGUUCUUCUUUUUUUUCUUCUCCUCCUCCUCAUUUUAUUUAUAUUCAGCGUUCUUCUUUUUUUUCUUUCUCCUCCUCAUCCCCCUACUCAUUUUAUUUAGUGUUCAGCCUUCUUUUUUUUCUUCUCCUCCUCCUCCUCAUUUUAUUUAGUAUUCAGCGUUCUUCUUUUUUUUCUUCUUCUCCUUCUCCUCCUCCUACUCCUCCUCAUUUUAUUUAUAUUCAGCGUUCUUCUUUUUUUUCUUUCUCCUCCUCCUCCAGAUUUUAUUUAGUAUUCAGCGUUCUUCUUUUUUUUUCUUCUCCUCCUCCUCCACAUUUUAUUUUUAUUCAGCGUUCUUCUUUUUUUUCUUUCUCCUCCUCCUCCCCUCACUCAUUUUAUUUAGUAUUCAGCGUUCUUCUUUUUUUUCUUCUCCUCCUCCUCAUUUUAUUUAGGAUUCAGCCUUCUUUUUUUUCUUCUCCUCCUCCACAUUUUAUUUACGUUCUUCUUUUUUUUCUUCUCCUCCUCCGCCACAUUUUAUUUAGUAUUCAGCCUUUUUUUUUUCUUCUCCUCCUCCUCUUCAUUUUAUUUAGUAUUCAGCGUUCUUCUUUUUUCUCCUCCUCCUCCUCCUCAUUUUAUUUAUAUUCAGCGUUCUUUUUUUUUUUUUUCCUCCUCCUCCUCCUCCUCAUUUUAUUUAGUAUUCAGCGUUCUUCUUUUUUUUUCUUCUCCUCCUCAUUUUAUUUAGUAUUCAGCGUUCUUCUUUUUUUCUUUCUCCUCCUCCGCCACAUUUUAUUUAUUAUUCAUUCUUUUUUUCUUCUCCUCCUCCUCCUCAUUUUAUUUAUUAUUCAGCGUUCUUCUUUUUUUCUCUCCUCCUCCUCAUUUUAUUUAGUAUUCAGCCUUUUUUUUUUCUUCUCCUCCUCCUCCUCAUUUUAUUUAGUAUUCAGCUUUCUUUUUUUUUCUUCUCUCCUCCUCCUCCUCCUCCUCAUUUUAUUUAUAUUCAGCGUUCUUCUUUUUUCUUUCUCCUCCUCCUCCUCCAGAUUUUAUUUAGUAUUCAGCGUUCUUCUUUUUUUUCUUCUCCUCCUCCUCCACAUUUUAUUUAGUAUUCAGCCUUCUUUUUUUUCUUCUCCUCCUCCUCCUCAUUUUAUUUACCUUUUUUUUUUCUUCUCCUCCUCCUCAUUUUAUUUAGUAUUCAGCCUUCUUUUUUUUCUUCUCCUCCUCCACAUUUUAUUUAGUAUUCAGCCUUCUUUUUUUCUUCUCCUCCUCCUCAUUUUAUUUAGUAUUCAGCGUUCUUCUUUUUUUUCUUUCUCCUCCUCCUCCCCCUACUCAUUUUAUUUAGUGUUCAGCGUUCUUCUUUUUUUUCUUCUCCUCCUCCUGAUUUUAUUUAGUAUUCAGCGUUCUUCUUUUUUUUCUUCUCCUCCUCCUCAUUUUAUUUAUUAUUCAGCCUUCUUUUUUUUCUUCUCCUCCUCCACAUUUUAUUUAGUAUUCAGCCUUCUUUUUUUUCUUCUCCUCCUCCUCAUUUUAUUUAGUAUUCAGCGUUCUUCUUUUUUUCUUUCUCCUCCUCCUCCCCUACUCAUUUUAUUUAGUGUUCAGCGUUCUUCUUUUUUUUCUUCUCCUCCUCCGCCACAUUUUAUUUAUAUUCAGCGUUCUUCUUUUUUUUUCCUCCUCCAGCCUCUCUCCUCCUCCUCCUCAUUUUAUUUAGUAGUCAGCGUUUUUCUUUUUUUUUCUUCUUCCUCCUCCUCCUCCUCAUUUUAUUUACGUUUUUUUUUUUUCUUUCUCCUCCUCCUCCAGAUUUUAUUUAGUAUUCAGCGUUCUUCUUUUUUCUUCUCCUCCUCCUCCUCCACAUUUUAUUUAGUAUUCAGCCUUCUUUUUUUUCUUCUCCUCCUCCUCCUCAUUUUAUUUCGUAUUCAGCGUUCUUCUUUUUUUUUCUCCUCCUCCUCCUCAUUUUAUUUAGUAUUCAGCCUUCUUUUUUUUCUUCUCCUCCUCCUCCUCAUUUUAUUUAGUAUUCAGCGUUCUUCUUUUUUUCUUUCUCCUCCUCCUCCUCCUCAUUUUAUUUAG